AUGGCGAGGGAGGACUCGCCAAUGAGCGCAGACUCGCCAGAUGGGAGCUACGCCCAGGACGGCAGCUUUGAAGCAUCUCCGCCUCUCAUCAACGGCGAGAAGCCGAGAGUGAGAGCUGAUGGACCGGGCGGGUCAGAUGUCAAGCCAGGAGCUAGGAUCGCCUGUCUCGAAUGUCGCUCAGCCAAGAUCCGCUGCUCAGCACCCAAUGACGGCAAAGUACCUUGCAAGCGCUGCUCUCGUCAUGACAAGGAGUGUGUCUUUGAGAAGCAUCGCAGAGGUAGAAAGCCCGGUAGACCCAACUUGCCAAAAGACAAGAGCGCCAUAAGCGCCGCAGGGCCUUCCAAGCCUACGCAGCCGCAGUCUCACCGCCAGAUCAGCAACUCGCCUCAGCAGCAAUCUUCAGCGCCCUAUCGCCCAUCCGCUUGGUCUCCAGGCAACGGAGGUGACCCACCUUCCAACCUCCCGCACUACCCUUUGCCUUCACCAUACGCCCGAAGCCCCGGAGGCGCCGCCGGACAUCCCAGCGACUACUUCUCGCGUCCGCUUCCACCUCCUCCACCCCCUCCGCCGGCACCUUCAGUCACCAACGGUCACAAGGUGUCGUCCUCUCGCUCGAGCAACGAAUAUCUCGGUCAGCAGUCCGGGCGCCUCCUCCAUGGCCGCACAUACCACCCUGGCUCGCUUCCUCACUUUCCCAGCCAUGACUCGGGCGCAGCCUUUUACGGACCAAGUCGGACACUCGCAUCACCCUCGCCUUUCGAGGCUCAAGCCCUUGCGGGUGGUCUCAGUGGCUAUCGUACAGGCCCUCUCUCGUCCAGUUCGAGCAACCGUCAACAGGGCUUCUUUUCACCGCCUCUCUCUUCGGCCGUCUCUGGUCGACCGAGUCCGUCAUAUCCUCUUGCAUCCUCGUCUCGUGAAGACUCAUACGCUCGCUGGGGCCCGACGGAGAGCAGUACCCGCAGCCGCCAGUCAGUAGAGUCGAUGCCGAGGCGACCUUCGGAUCCCUCCGCCCACAUUCCGCCUUCCCCCUCCUCUCUGGCAUCAAUGGGUCCGCCGCAGCCUAGCUUCACCCGCGCGCCAGGCAAUGCAAGCAAGCUCAGCGCUUCACGAACGCUCCCUGCGCCGCACUACCAGCCGCAGCCGCCUGCUACUCUUCGCAGCAGCGACGAGGAAGACGAAGAAGACGAGCUCGUGGAUGAGGAUGAUGUUGGAGGUGAUCACCACGAUCAGGAUGUCUUGUCGCGGCCGCUGCAGCUCUUAGCAUACGCAUCCACGGCUGCCGCUCGCAAGCAGACGCAUGGUGGAUUUCGAGACCCGAGAAGCGUGGCUGCAGCGGCGACAUUGGGCCUCAUCUCAUCACCUCGUCAGCUCAGUCAAGCCAGACGAGUGGCCGCUGGGCUCAAAGCUCAAGCCAGUCCUGCAGCGAGCUCGAUCAGCCUGCCUACCUCCGAUGCUCCGCUCCCACCACAAAAGAUUGCAUCGGUCGGCAUCCAAGGCGGAGGAGGAGCUGAGCCCUCGACGCUUGAAAAUGGCAAUUGGGAAUACAAGGCAGGCAGAGUGAGACCCAUUAAGACGGCGGAAAACACCGCAAGCCCAUUAUCGACUGCGACCAAGGGAUCCUUCGAAGAGGCUGCUACUGUUGGGUCCGAAGCCGCGCCAAUUCAGCAAGCAAUUGAGUUUGCUCCAGAGGCGGUCUCGGCCAUAGAGAGCGGUAUCGCUGCUGACGAGGGGCCUCAUCUAGGCAAGCGGCGAAGGAGCGACGACGAGCCGCUACCAGUACCGCCUUCAAGACGCGCUAGUGCAAACGUCGAAGGCGCCGAGCAUACCGUCGCUGCAUCAAAUCAGCUUCGCCGGCCAUCUUCGCGGACAGCUGAGCGGAUGAGCAUCGAUGAAACGCCCGCCGCCGUCGCCGAAGAGGACGCACCGGUCGACCCAGUAGGAGCCAGUCGCAAGGGAUACUUCCGCUUCUCCCUCUACUCGUCAAAGCUCGACGUUGACCCCGCGUACGACCCGAUUGCGCAGGGCAUUGCUUCGUCCAAGGAGAUGGAGGAUCUAUUUGACCUCUUUUUCAACAAGGUCAAUCCCUCCAACUUCAUCUUCGACCCCUUCUUGCACUCGCUUACUUACAUUCGCGCCAGGUCCAAAUUCCUCCUCACCGUCAUUGCAUCGAUUUCCGCGCGCAUGAGUGAGGGCUGCGCAGAGUUGACAGAGCGAUUGGAGUGCCAUUGGAGGGACAAGCUGUUCCCUCUGAUCGUUACUGGAGGAUACAAGAGCGUCGAGAUUAGCCAAGCCUUUCUCCUCGCCAGUCUUUUUCACCGACCUACCCAUAUCAUCGUCGAAGACCGAGCUUGGCAAUAUCUCGGCAUGGCCAUCCGCACUGCGACCGAGGUCGGAGUCAACAUCGCCCUCGCUCCCUCGCCCUCCUUCAGCGCGCAGGACAAUGAGCAGCUUUCGAGGCGAGUGCGCAACAGGCAGAGGCUAUGGAAGAGCCUAUUAAUUGCAGAGGGGACGUUGAGCACGCAAUUCGGCAGGCCCUGCACGCUAAGCUGCACCGACUCCCCACUGAUGCAGUCAGUGAGAUGGAACCGGGAGGACUUUGCUCUACCAGAGGACGCGGCGCUUGUCUGUCAAAUCGAGCUGCGUAAGCUCGUCGAGAAGCACACGCAGGCAUUCGAGGCAUGCCUGGCCGUACCUUCCGGAGGCAAUCAGGUGACGGACAGCAUCUCUACUCUUACCAGGCUGCGUGCUUCAGCUUGUACCGAUCUCGAGACCUGGAAACGCCUCUGGUGCCCAACAGGCGGGAUGGACGAAGCAGGCGUUGGCGGGUCCAUGGCCAUGGGCGCUUUUCUGGUCCGCUGGUCGCCUUACUCGCGCCUCAUCUACAAUUACUGGCGCUGUCACCUCAACUCAAUCGUACUUCAGGCCGCGGCACUUCGUGACGAGGUGGCCACGCCCAUUGCGCAUGACUCGAUGCGGUGCGCUCGGGAGCUCAUCGACACGCUACUUGAUGACGACCAGAUUGGAACUGAUGGCCUACCUCUAGCGCCCAACGCCGUCGUCGUCAUGGCUACUUAUGCUGCCGUGUCCGCUCUGCGCAUGACGAAGCUCGACGUCGGCAGGCACACUGGCGUACACGUCGAUGCCAAGGCUACCUUUGACCAGGUGCACAAGUUGGCGGGGUGUCUCGAAGUAGCAGGACGUACACCGGCACAUCGAGAUGGAGCCGCGGCGCCUUACGGAAUGUAUCUGCGCUCGGUGUUGGCGUUAUUCGAUACCGAUUCGAAAUCGACGUCGAGCGUGGCGUCGAUGUCAGAUCCAGCCGGCUCAACGACCAAGGACAGCAAGAGCGGCGACAACAGCCAUAGUGGCGUCAAGAAUGCCAACGAUGGCGCUGCAAGCGCGCCAUCGUCAGGCUCCAAGGCAUUGGACGAGGCCUUUGGCAAUGCCGCCGCCGCAGCUGCUGCGGUCGCUGCUUUGUCCAAUGGCGGCAGCGGCAGUGGUCACGGCCUCACGCCAUUCCCCAUUCCAGGCGCCACCAAGUCAACAAGCACUGUUCCGCCCCCACCGCCACCGAUCAUCACUACCGGCGCCACCGCCGCUGGCGGCCCUUCGUCAUCAUCGUCAUCAGCUUCGCCCUUCCCUUCCGCUACCAACCUCUACCCAAAUCCUGCCGUGGACGGAGACUCAGAGGAGGUAUGGGAAUAUUUGACCGGAGGCGGGUCAGCUUCGGCCGCUGCAGCUGCGGCUCUUUGGCCCUCCACGCCAUCGACGGCAUGGGGAGGUGGAAGCGUGUAA